AUGUCACACAAUGAACCUUCCUCGUCCAUAGCUCCUCGACGAAGGACAUCGCUACUUGUACAAUCUCGACCCACGACCGCCUACGAACAGGUCACUAUAGACGAAGGCUCCUCCAAUCGAAGACCUGUUUCCCGCUUCUCCCUGAUGCCCGCAGCCACGCAUGAUGUUCUCGACUGGGAGACUUUCAAUCGUAAUCAGGAAGAGGCAGGAGAAGGCUAUACAACCCCCCAAUUUACAGACCCAUUCGCCAACUUGUCGCUCGAACCUCAAUUGAGGGAUUGCAUGCAUCAGAGACGGUACUCUACUAUCAGUCAAUCUUUCAAGAAUGGAAUGUCUGAGCUCCGUUCUCUGACUCGACGCAUGUCGCUCACUGUACGAGGAAAGUCUUCCCGCCAGAAGGAGGACAAGGAAGAAUGGACAGAGUUUAAGCGGCCGCGACUGCCAUCUUUCAAAGCAGCGGAUGACAUGGUGGACAUGACAGAGGCUAUGUCGAGCAGGCCAAAGUCACGGGGAAGGCUGUUCAGAAGUCCCACCACAACUAGACGACCUUCCUUGCCACACCUCAACUUGCACGCGCCAGGAGAUGCUUUCGAUGCAUCAUUGGCCAGAAACAGAGGUCAGCCAGUCUUGUCUGACCUAGUGUACGGCGGUGCUGGCGCCAGAGCAGCUGCGGCCGCGCAGAAUGAAUUGUUCCAUGCUUCAAGGACUCCACCACUGCCACCUUAUGAACCUCGAGAAAGUGAAAGAAAGGCCGAAGGAGAUGCGGAAAGUGGUAUUGGCAUCGUGCUUGACACCCGUGAGCGACGCGGCUCUUCUUGUGCUGGAGCACAUGUACCCUGUCGGGAUCCUGCAUCGGUCCUAGCCACAGAAUUGGUGGAAGGCGUACUGUCAUUCCUCGACGUGGAGUCGCUUGUCAAGGCUUCACUUGUCUCACGGAAAUGGCACGAUCUGUGUCAGUCACAAGCCGUCUGGAGACGAAUUUUCUAUCGGGAGUACGGUCCGAAAGCGCGGCCACAUCCAUCUGGUCUGCCGUUUGCCGCUGGACUCGGCAAAAGCACUCCUGGGCAGGAUUUCCGCAAACUCUUCAAAGUUCGCACAUUGAUCGAAAAGCGCUGGCGUAACGGCGAGGCCGCGGCCGUCUACCUCAACGGCCACAAAGAUAGUGUCUAUUGUGCACAGUUCGACGAGAACAAGAUCAUUACUGGAUCUCGCGACAACACCAUUCGUGUAUGGGACGCCCAUACUUAUCAAUGUAUCCGCAAACUUGGGCCGCCAAACAACCCACGGGAGAGACAGCAGCUCGUUUCCGCUGCGGUUGAACCCAAGGGUGUCUUGCCAUUUUUCAAGGCUGAUGUGUCAUCACCGGAUCCUGCUCACACAGAACUUUCAAUGUGGCACCAGGCCUCAGUCCUCUGCUUGCAGUAUGACGACGAGAUUCUUGUGACUGGUUCAUCAGACUUUUCUUGCCUUGUCUGGUCAAUCAAGGAUAAUUACAAGCCUCUUUUCCGACUUGUUGGCCAUCACGCUGGAGUUCUUGAUGUGUGUAUUGAUAAGCAUCGGAUCAUUACCUGUUCCAAAGAUACGACAAUCAAGAUUUGGGACAGAUACACUGGCCGUCUGAGCAAGACACUUUCGGGACAUCGUGGUCCUGUGAACGCUGUGCAAGUGCGAGGCAACCUGUUGGCCAGUGCUAGUGGCGAUGGCAUGUCGAAGCUGUGGCGCCUUGAGGACUGCGUUUGCAUCAAAGAAUUCCAGUCCAAAGACCGAGGCCUUGCUUGUGUGGAGUUUUCUGAAAAUGGUCGCACCAUCUUUGCCGGAGGUAAUGAUCAAGUCAUCUAUGAGUACGAUACGAUCACUGGCAAUAGGAUCCGGGAAUUGAAGGGGCACAAAGACCUAGUCCGGUCCCUCCAUCUGGACUCGGCAAACUCGCGCAUUAUAAGUGGCAGUUACGACCAUUCCAUCAAGGUUUGGGACGCGAAGAUGGGCGAAUCUGCAGCAGACGGUGGUCUCAAGAUCAACUUUGAAGGCUGGACCUCGAGUUGGAUUUUGGCGGCUAAAAGCAACUAUCGCAAGAUCGUUUGCACGAGUCAAGAUGGACGCGUGCUCAUCAUCGACUUUGGGUAUGGAAUCGAAGGAGUUGAUUUGGUUGAGGCAUGA